AUGUUAUCAGCAGGCGGCCUCGGACGGAAUGAGGCGCGCAAGGCCUGCAGCGCCUCUAUUUAUAGUCCCCGAGCACUCAAAUGGCAAUCGGCGUUAACAGUGAUCCUGGUUUCCUGGCUGGCAGCAGCAGCAGCUGGACCUGGUCCUGGCACAGCAUCUGCAAGGUCACUCCUGCUGCCCGCCCAGCCGGCGGAUCAUCUUGUGCCGCCGCCCCUUCCCGUGCCCCAGAGGCUGCAGCAUGCGAGUGCGGGAUCUCCAGCGGGUCCACCUAGCUCACCACCGGUUGUGGCGCUACCGGAGCCCGGUCUAAUGAAUCGCUUUGCCAGGUGGCUGGGCCUGGGAGGCAGCAGCAGUAGCAGCAGCAGCACCACCACCCAGUCGAAGGACCAGCUGGCGGGAGCCACCAACUCCCUGAGCUACGCCUACCCAAAGCCACACCAGGGCUUCGAUGCGGGGGGCAAGCCCUGUAGCCUGUGCAACAAGUAUCCCUGGGUGCCCAUGGUGGGUCAGAGUCCCCAGCAGCAUCAGCAGCAUCAGCAACAUCAGCAACAUGCUGCAUUGCAGGUGCAACAGCAGCAGCUGCAACAUCUGCCUCAGCAACAUGCCUGGCAACUGCAACAACCUCAGCCUCAGCCUCAACAGCCCCAGGCUCAGGCCUCGCAGCAACGCCAGCGAGCUGUCCAGUUUCAUCCCAAUGUCCAAACCAAUAUCCUCACCAAUACCAAUCCCCCCCAGAGUGUGUUCCUGCCACUGGCAGUGCCGCUGCCGCCGUUGUAUAAUGCUCAGCCCUUUAGGCCCAUGAAUCCAACACCUUUGCGAGAGAAUGUGGUGGCUCAGUCGGAGGUGAGACCAGUGCCUGUGUCCCUGCCCCAUAACCACCACCAGCAGCAGCACCAGCAGCAGCAGCAGCUCCAUUUGCAAUCUUCAAGCAGCAGCAGCUUUGAGAUUGUGCCCAGCCACCAGGUCACGGAUUUUGUGACCUCCGUGGAGUACCCAGCCACCUUUGUUCAAUCGCAUGCCAUUGAUUUGGGUGUCACAGGUCAGGGACAAGGUCAAAGUCAGGAUCAGGAACCGCCGCAGGACAUCAGCACAGUUCGCUAUCAGCUGGACGACCUGAGCAGUGGUCAAGUGCAUCAACACCUGCCAGCCUCACAGCUGCUGACAGAGCUGGGACACUUUGCGGAGACCACCACACAGCUGCCGCCGGCGGAUAACUAUCCAGCGGCCUCAUCACAGCAGCAACUCCAUCAGGAACAGGAGCAGGAUCACGAACAGGAUCAAGCUCUGUACUAUGCCGAACAGUAUCAGGAGGAGACCAGCACUCUGGUGUACAGUAGCACCACCACAGAGUUACCAGUUACCAUAAGCACCACAACAACAGAGCAGCCACCAGCGUCGGCUCCACCAGCACCUGUCCUGGAGCUCAACAAUCACCUGGCGGCAGUGCAGACCUAUCAUCGGGGCAGGGAGACACCCAAGCGAUUGCUAGACUCACCCAUUAACCAUAUUAGCAGCGGUGGUGGUGGCAGCGGAAGACCCUUUACACGCGAUCCCGCCGACCUCAGUUUCCGUCUUAGCCAGGUGUAUACACCAACUCAACCGCCCACGCCCACUUCCACAUAUGGAGCCAUCGAUGCCAGUGGCCAGUUUGCAGGGAUGGCACCACCGAGACCCCAGCAGGUCAUCAUACCCUAUACCACCAAGCAGCAGCCACGUCCCUUUGAGAGUUGGCGUCCCAGCAAGCAGCUGGGUGUCCAGGGACAUCGUCAUCGGCAGCACAACGAUUUGGAGGAGGAACCGCAUGAGCAGCAGGAAUCCAAGUUGGCCACUGCCACAGUGACUGCGCCACCAUUUGCACCCAAUUCCAGUCGCACCACCACAUACCUCACCAAGAUUCUGGCCACCAAUCUGAGGGAGUUGCUCAAACGAGAAAGGGCCACCAGGAGGCCACCCAAUCACAUCACCGGUGUGGAUAUCUCCCAGUUGCAGCACAACAUUGAUGGCUGGACGGAGCAGGAAUACAACUCGUUGUCACAUCGUCCCAGUACACCCACCAUUCGUGGCAGAUCCAAGCACAUACCAUCGGAGUAUCUGACCACGACAACGACCACUACUCCAGCACCUAGCUCAGUGUUCCAGCGUCAAUCGAAGACCACACGCGGAGAAGGUUUCGAGCUGGGAGCUGCUCCGCCCACAGAUGCCGGUGAUUUGUCCACCUCCAUCAAUAACCUGGAACAUCUUCAUCUGCUCGGGGAGCGGGGGUCAAAGCGUUUCCAGCCAAUCGAGGAUAAUCGGCUGCCCUUUGAUUACUAUGACGGUCAACAGAGGCCACGAUCCACGCCGGCUAUGACCACCCAAAGACCCAGUCCAAGUCCAAGUCCUAGUACAACCACCACGACCGAGGUGACGCCGCUCUAUGUGCGCAGCACCUUGGCACCCAAGGAACCCUGGAAUCCCGCCCAGGUGGCCAUUCUGCCGCAAACGAAUGAGAAGGUCUAUGUGGUUACACCACAGCCUAGGCAUCAGUAUCAUCAUAAUCAUCAUCAUCAUGUGGUGGCGGAGGAUCAUCAUGAGGGAUCUGCCUCAGCGCCCAGGCCUGUUUAUCAGACCCCAGCGCCGAGAUUUCCAAGGAUGCGACCCACUCCAGCUGGCGAAGUGAAGGCCGCCACGCCCACCAGCUCCUCACAGCUGCGUAACUAUACGCCGGAUAUAUUCGGUUUGAUGGGACUGUCCGCCUAUGUGCCCGGGGAGCCAGUGGAAAUUAUCGAUGGAAAUUCCAAAGUCCACACGAUCGUGACGGCAGCGCCAACGGCAGCUGCGCUCCAGCGACCGACAGCGAAGCCCACGAUGUCGCCCUCGCCGAGAUAG